AGAAGCCAUAGGAGGCCGACCGACGCGCCGGGCUGUCACAACAGAUCAGCUCCGCACCGGCGGGCAGUGCACGGGUCAGGGACCGGCGUCGGAGCACAGCUCAAGCGGGUCCAUCAGCACCGGAGAAAGCCAGACGGUAUCUUCCAGAAGUCGCUUGCUCCAGGAUGGGAGAGCGGACACGAUUGCGACUGGUGUUUUUGCCGUCCGUGGCUCGCGAUGGUGCCGGCGAACGUGCUACGGCUAGUCCCCAGGAGCGCCACCUCAGCGCCGGCUGGAGAGAGGAGCUCUCCGGGUCGCUGGAGCCCGCCACACCCACCACGCCCAAGGAGACCACGGCACCCUGGAAUGGUUCAGGUGAAUAUCCCCGUCCGAGAGGACUGAGCAGCGCCCCGUACAAACUGCUCGUGCUGGGGGACGCGGGCGUGGGAAAGUCUGCUAUCGUGACCCGGUACGUUGCUGACAAAUACCAGCCGGACCGCGAGGCCACGGUCGGAGUGCGAACAUCGACCAAGACCGGGGUGCAGCUGGAGGAAGGUGCCUUCAAUGUCCAGAUCACAGAGCUUAGCGCAAGUAGCAACUCAGCGAGACUGGGCGACUCAUGUUACAUGCGGCUGACCGUUUUCCCAAACUCCCGGCCCCGGCUCCCUUUAGCCGAGAGAUCGUUCCAGGGGCUGGCGGAUGCGUUUUACAAGGAUGCUCACGGCUGUGUGGUGGUGUUUGACCUGGGGCAGCGACGCUCGCUGCGCGGCGCUCUCCGCUGGAAGCGUCACAUCGACCGUCUGUGCAGCCUGCCGGACGAGCAACGUUUCCCGAGCCUCUUGCUCGCUAACAAGUGUGACGUCACUGGAGGCCGUGACGUCACCCAGUGGGAGGUGGAGGACGUGGUCAAACAGGCCGAUUUCCUCACUUGGAUCGAGGUCUCGGCCAAGUACAACUUCAUGGUGACUGAAGCCAUCGGGUACCUGCUGCGGGUCGUGCUGUCGCGAGCAGGUCCGCCUGGCGUCGACAGCUCCGUGCACCUUACAGACCCGGAUGAUGAGCCGCCACCAUCGCGCUCCUGCUGCGGCGCUGGCGCAGGGUCACAAACAAGGUCGAGGUCAAACGAGAGCCUCCUGGCGUCACGAGGCUCGUCAGAUCAACGCAAGGAGCUUUAA